GCCCCCCCCCAGCCCCCCGGCCCGGCCCGGCCCCAGGCCUUCGGCCCCCUUUCCCCGGCAGCCAUGGCCGCGCGCAGCCACCCGGGCGCCGACACCUCCGAGGCCGCCGGCUCCCCCGCGGGAGCGGCCCGGCUGGCGGAGGGACCGGAGACGGCGCCGCGCGCGGCCCCCGCCGCCCUCCCGGCGCCCGCACCCGCCCCCGCCGCCGGGCCCUGCUCGGAGGAGCUGGUCCUGACCUGCACGUUCGAGGCCUGCGACCCGGAGCAAACAGGAAAGGUGCCGGUGUCCCGGAUCAUGGAGUACCUGCAGGCCGUGACGGGGCGCGGCGGCGAGGAGGGGCGGCUGCGGGCGCUGCGCGGGAUGCUGGACCCCGGGGGCACGGGGGCGGCCCUGGACCUGGCCACCUUCCACGCCGUCAUGACCGCCUGGAUCGCCGACUGCCGGCGCGAGCGGGGCGCAGAGCGCGCUGCCGAGCGGGACGGCUCCGCGGACGACGCCGGCGUCCCGCCGCCCGAGCAGGGGGGAGGCCCGGCCCCGCCGGCUGCGCAGCUCGAGGGCUACGGCGGCGACGCGGAGCGCCCCGGCGCGGAGGAGGCCGCGGCCCUCGCCGGCCUCGUGGAGGACCUGGACUGCAGCAACCGGCGGCUGGCGACGGAGAACGCGGCGCUGCGCAGCGCUGCCGAGAGCGCCGAGGAGCUCAACGCCCGGCUGGCCGAGGAGGUCGCGGGGCUGCGGGGGCGGCUCAGAGGCGCCCGGCAGGCGCUGGGGCAGGCCGAGGCCGCGGCCCGCGAGCUGGACGACCUGAAGGCCGUGGCGGAGCGGCUGGAGGAGGCCAACGCCGAGCUGCGCGCGCAGCUCCGGCAGCUGGAGCGGGAGCGGCAGGGUCUCCUGGCACGAGCCGGCGGCCUGCGGGAGGAGAACGAGAAGCUGCAGGCGGAGGGGGAGCGGGCCCGGCAGAGGAUCCGCGCGCUGGCGGCGGAGAAGGCCGACCUGGAGGCCCGGCUGCGCCAGCGCGAGGAGCUGCUGUCGCGCGGGGAGGCGGCGCUGGUGGAGAGGACGCGGCAGGCGGAGGAGCUGCGGGCCAGCCUGGAGCAGCACCGGCACGCCGUGCAGGAGCUGCGGCGGGAGGCGGCGGGGCUGCGGGAGCAGCUGGGCCGGACCCGCGACGCCUCGGCCGCGCCGCCGUGGGGGCCGCGCGGUGACGCCGAUGCCGACACCAAUGCCGGGGGCCCGGCGCAGCCCCUGUGCGCCGAGAUCGAGGCGACGCGGCAGGGCGCCGCGGCCGACGCCGGCUUGCCCAGCCCGCUCUGCGGACGGACGCCAGAGCCCUGCCGUGCUGCGCAGGGUGCGGACGGCGACGGCAGCGCAGAGCCGCCCGGAGCCCCGGCGGGGACCCAACCGCGGCAGCGACGAAGCCCCGAGAGGUGGGAUGGCUCCCGGCCCCGGCCCCCUCCCCUCCCUCUGCCCCGCCGCCCCGGCUCCCCCGGGAGCAGCCGCAUCCCCAUCUGCGCCACCCCCCCGGGUCCCCCGACGCUCCCUGGCAGGGACAAAGCCCUGCAGCCGGGCACUCGCCCCCCUCUGCCCUUUCCCUCCCACCCAGCGGCGAGACGGCGGAUCGGAGCCGGCCGGAGCGGGACAGACGUCCGGAGCACCAGCGGAGCCGGGCCCGGCUGCCCACAGCCCCUUCGCGCCCAGGGCAGAGCCGCUUCCUGGCAGCACGGGGGUGGAGAAGCCUCAUGCUCACCGAAACCACCGCAAAACGCCUCGAUUCGGGGCCCGGCCGCAAACCCCGAGCCCGGCCCGUGCGUGGCAGCCCGGCCUGGCACCUCUGCGCGGAGCGGCCGAGCAGGAGCUCCGGGAGCCCCACGGAGCGAGCCGGGACGCUGCUGGCGCUGCGGGAUGCCCGGAACCGGCCCCGCUCCGGCCCCAUCCGCCAGCGCUCACCGCGGCCGACGCCUCCCACAGGGCCCCCCGACGCCCGGCCCGGCGGCCAGGACCGGCACGGACAGGCCCCGCACGGCGCCGCCGGACCGGACCGACCGCCUGCUCCCAGUGCGUCCUGGCCGCCGUCUGCUGCUGGUGCUGCUGGUGCUGCUGCUCCCGGCGCUGCUCUGCCUGCUGCCCCGCGCGCAGCCCCCCGGCUGGGCCCUGGCCCCGGGGGCCGCCGGCCCCCCGCUCCGCCUGCGCCACCUCCGCCCCCCGCCCCAAUAAACGCGUCAGCAACCGCC